GGUCAAAAAACUGGCAACAUGUUUUGGUCAAAUUCAGCUGCCAGUCGCUGGCUGAGUUUUAUUUGGAUCAUUACCAAAUUUGGUCGACAAAAUCUACAUAAGCCUUGCACUGUUUACCUAAAUUUUCAAGAUAAUACAGUAAGAAAUGAAUGAGCUACGCAUGCCGAAACUCAAAAGUGCGAAACAUGUUGCCAGUUUUUUGAGUCACUGUCUUAAAAAAAUCCUCUCUCCAAGAGGAAAAUCAUUUGCCCGUUAUAUUCGUUCCUUAGAAACCGACAUCAUAGCCUUACAAGAAACUCAUGCCGAUUCCUUCGAUCUUCAUUCUCAAUUUGAAUUAUGUCUUCAAACUUACUCAGCUACAUGGACUCGCCAUUGUGGCCUAAUUUCUUUUAAUCGUCAGCUAGCGAUUGAACCGCGCUGGUCCUCUGUAGACGGACGGCUCCUCGUCGCUCAAGUCACAGAUUUAUCAGGAGCCUAUGACCCUCUUCUUAUUUACGUCCUCUAUGCUCCAGCGCAUCACACAGAUCGCCCCGCUUUCUUUCACUCUCUCAACUCCAUGUUACACUUCGAUGAUGCACCUCCACAACGCGCUGUUCUGCUGGGAGAUUUUAAUCAUGAUAUCCAUCUUCCUAUGACACACCAGUUACUCCAAUCUUGGAAAGAAUGGCUGCACUCGUUCUGGCAUGACGCCUUUCUCAGUGACUCCAAUCAACACCGUAUGCCUACUUUUGGUACUAUUUCAACAAUCGAUUUCAUCCUGGUGACAAGUGAUCUGCAACAUCUCACCACUUAUCCACGCCUCACUUAUAUCAAAGGCUGUGAUCACUCAGCACUCACAAUCUGUCUCACCAUGGGUUCUGUGAAAGUGGGUCCUGGCAUAUGGCGUUGCAACCCCUUUUUGAUGGGUAAUCGUAAAUUCCGCUCAGAACUAACUGCUUUUUGCUCCAGUGCCGAGAGACAUUUACACUAUGUGAAAAUUUAUGGACAACCUACCCUAAAAUAA